UUAUUAACCGUUACCUAACCAAUAUUUGUGAUUCAUAGAGGAGACAUCAGAGACAGGAAAAUAUUAUUUUAAUGUAUGAAUGAGGCUAAAUAAUUUUUAAAAUUUAAGAUGAUUGCUUCAGUUUUGUGAUCAUACUGACUUAUUCAAUUCUAAUAUCUUUGUAUUUAACGUGGUAGCUGCUGUAUUACUUCCUUAAUAUUUGUUUUAGAAAUGUCAAACAAUAAAAGUGGUAAAACAAUGGAAGAAGUUUACGUAGUUGCAAAAUAUGACUACGAAGCACAGGGCGGCCAGGAGCUAGAUAUCAAGAAACAUGAACGUCUUGUCCUUUUAGACGACAGUAAACAUUGGUGGAAAGUUCAAAAUUCUAGAAAUCAAGCAGGAUUUGUUCCAUCAAACUAUGUAAAAAGGGAGAAACCUUCUAUAUUUGAUAGUAUUCGUAAGAGAGUAAGAAGAAAAAGUGAGCCCAAAAUUUCCUCCCCUUCCACAAAAAUGUCAUCAAAGGAGACUGACAUAAAUGACAUUUCACCCCGUGUCACUGCUCAAGCAAAUAGGAUUUGCUUAAAUACGACUGCGAUUGUUAAAUAUAACUAUGAAGCUCAGCAAGCAGAUGAGAUUUCUUUGGUGAAAGGAAGUAGGGUUGUGGUGAUGGAGAAAUCUAGCGAUGGUUGGUGGAAGGGAGAGAGUUGCAACUUGCAGGUUGGAUGGUUUCCUUCCAACUAUGUGCUGGAGGAGCCUAAAGAUGUGCCUGACAUUUCCUGCAACUUACCUCCCGACGAAGAGCCGAUCAGUACUGCAACAUAUCAAAACGUUCUUCAAGGAAAUGAUAUUGUUGUCGCUUUGUACCCCUUCGUAUCGCAGAGUGACGAGGAGCUGAGUUUCCAGAAAGGUGAGCAGCUCGAGGUCGUCGAGCGCCCUCUGAACGACCCUGACUGGUGGAGGGCCCGCAACGGUAUUGGACAGAUCGGAUUGGUGCCUAAAAAUUAUUUGCAGAUAGUGUCUCCGGGACGCAGUGCUACAGAUUCUAGUGAUUCGGAAUCCACUCCUCAGAAGAUGGAUGAUAACCCCAUUGUGGGUGUUUCAGUUAAUGGUGCCCAACAUGAACUUUGUAAAACUCCAUCGAAGGCCAGCGGGGGUUGUCCGAUGGUGAAGCAACGAAAUAAAAACAGUUGCGAUAGGCCUUGGUACAUCGGAAGCAUUACGCGUAAUGACUGUGAUAGGAUGCUGAAUGAAUUGGCCGAAGAUGGUGAUUUCGUAAUAAGAGAGAGUGAGACUAAUGCCGGGGAUUUUUCUGUGUCUUUGAAGGCGUCUUCUAAAAACAAGCACUUCCGUGUUCACAUGGAGGAUGGCGUGUUUUGCAUUGGUCAGCGGAGAUUUAAUUCUUUAGAUGAACUCGUAGAACAUUAUAAGAGAGCACCCAUUUAUACUGGUCCAGAUGGUGAAAAAUUAUAUCUAAUCAAGCCAUUCAGGAAAGUAGUUUGAAGUGUAAUAAUAAUUUUUAUUUUAUUUAUUUGAAUGAGUUUUUGAGUGGUGCACUUUUUUUUGUGAAAAUGUGUGUGGUCAUGUGAAUUUAUAGUGAGCCAAAUUUUAAGUAAAAACCAUUGGGUACCAUUUAAUUAGUUGGACAGCAGAAUGCCAAGGAGUGCCAAUGCUAAAAUGCUACAAUAAUGAGUGCUGAAAUAUUUUCAGUGUUAUAUAAUGAAUGCUGUAAAGAUGUUUGAGGAAUGU